CACAUGUGCCACGACGCGCAGUGUAUUUCCUUUCUGCUCUUCAUGCUAUAAACAUGUCCGUGGCUACAAAGGGAAAUCCGAGUGAAAGAUCAAGAUGCUACACAUUCUUCUGGAGACUUUUCCCGCACGUUUUCUUGAUUUUGUCUCUUAUCGCGUAUGGCGUGUUGGGAGCUUUGGUGUUUUGGAAGAUUGAGGGAGGAAGAGAAUUAACUGACCAACAGGCAUACCGGGGAUUUGUCUCGAAAUUAAUUGAUCAAGCAAAUGCAUCAGACGUUGACAGGAUGCUAAGGACGGAGCUGAAAGCCAUCUGGCUUCAGCAUCCAGACAAAUGGUCGUUUUAUGGAUCUCUGUUCUUCUGCUGCACUGUAUUCACAACAGUGGGCUACGGAGAGAUCUAUCCUGUCACUAUGGCCGGCAAGUUGAUCUGUAUCCUCUACGCCAUGGUGGGCAUCCCGCUCAUGCUGCUGGUCAUCACCGACGUGGGUGACGUCUUGGCGCGCUUCUUCUCGCGGGGCUACCACCACCUGCACAAGCUGGCGCGGCUCCUGCGGCGGCGGCGGCAGCGGCGCAAGCGGGCGCUGGCCGACGGCACGUACACCUUCAGCCACGAGGUGGUGGUGCGCGAGCCACUGGACCUCAAGCAGGUGCUCCGCGCGCAGGCCUCGGUCAAGCGCAAGUCCGUGCAGCUGUUCAACAACCAGAAGAUCUUCGAGCGGCUGAUCGCGCGCGAGAAGCUGGGCCGGGCCGGCCCGCUGCUGCGCAGCCGCUCCUGCCCGGAGCUGAACCGCGCGCCGACGACCAGCUACCACCUGUGGGACCUGGACGGCAUCGGCACCGACAUGGACCAGCUCAACGUGCCCAUGCUCCUCAUCCUGCUGGUGGUGUUCGCCUACAUCCUGUUCGGCGGCCUGGUGCUCCCGCUGUGGGAGACGGAGUUCAAGAUCUUCGACGCGUUCUACUUCUGCUUCAUCACGCUGACCACCAUCGGCUUCGGCGACAUCGUGCCCUCGCACCCCAAGUUCUUCAUGCUCACCUUCGUCUUCAUCAUCAGCGGCAUGGCCAUCAUGUCCAUGGCCUUUAAGCUGGGCCAGUCCACCAUCAUCAGCUGCUACCGGCGCUGCAUGCGCUGCAUCAGCCGCGGACGGGUCAAGUACGAGUUCAUCCACGAUGACUGACAGACGACGGGACAGAGAGAGGACAGCUGGCCGGACGCCCGGAAAGAGCGGAGACCGAACGACGUGGGAUUCAGGAAUUAGCUUGGGAGGGGUCGGAUUUCCUGACUGAGAAGGAUAGGCCGCAGACACUGUCCACGGUCAGUCAUGUUUGACCAGCGGAGAUUCAGUGGUUUGGAAUAGACCGUAGGACCAGAGGUUUCCAAGCAGAAUGGGACAGCCUUGACUAAGUGCAGUUUCCUGAAAGGCUUUAGUGGAUGUUGUGGCUUAGGUAGUGUUAGCAUGAAUAAUUUAACAUGAGCAUGAAGCUGACUGAAUAUGUAUGUUAGUCAGUCUUAUUCUGUACAGUGUGGCAAUCAAAAUAUGGAUGUUCAAUGUCUGUUGGAAUUUUGCAUGAAGAGUUCUACUGCAUAGCAAUUUUCGAAAUAUACAGAACAAAACCUAUUUAGAUCGUACUAUUGGAGUUUUAUGGCUACCAAUAACAUAUUCUGCACAAUGUGUUAAACAGUAUGGAAAAAAAUGUUUACAUCUUCUACAAACUGCUCUGCUUCAUCAACCAGUUAAUGUUUAGAUGGGCCUUAAGUGUUUAAUUACUCAGCCAUCCAAUAGUUUAUGUUAGAGAUGUCUUCAGCACAUUAGUAGUCCCUCAAAGUCUAUAAUGAGCCCAUUCACUUCAAGUGUCUCUGUGGUAUGGAAUGUCAAGUCAUGGCAUCCUCUGAAGCACAACAUAGUCACUAAUGCCUGUAUCGUGUUUCAUAGAGAGAAGUAGUGCUUAAUGUCUGUCUAGUUUACUGAUAGCUUAUGUGUUUACUUUAUGGAUAGAUACUUAGUCUCGAAUAAUGGGGUGUAUACAGUAUGUGAAAUGAAUCGUUUAUACAGUAGAUUAAAACAGAGCAGAAAUGGUAAGGAUUUGAAGACUAAGAUUUGUGUGUCAAUUGUUUUUUCAUCAUAUGUACCUCUGAAGUCUCUUUGCAUUGUUGCAUCCCAAAGAAAAAAGACAUUUUACAUCUCAGCAUUAUAAUGUUAUAGAAUAAUUUGUUUUGGUCUGUCUGUGUGUCUGGGUGUUCGGUCUCCAACACCAACAUUAAAAUAAA